AUGACAACAAUGUUCAAGCGUGCGAGUUUCAUUGAAUGGGAUCGUUCGGAUCAAGUUCCAAAAGCAAUUCAAGAUCUUUAUCCUCUAGCAAAAGACACGAAGAUAAUGCUCGGUGUUGUAUGGCCUGAUAAGCAUGUCGCUUUCCCCGACUUCUCAGACAAUAGAACGAUUCAGUGGUGGAAGAAUGAAAUCAAGCGCUUCCAUGAUCAGGUUCGAUUGGUCACAUCUUCAGUUGAUUGUAUUCAAAUAUGA